AUGAUUCUGUAUAAUUUAUACCAUGUAAAAUCUUUCUCUCGUUUUGUUCCUUUAUUGGUUUGGAGUAACUUUUUAAAUCACUCAAAGAAUCAUACAACAUCCGUUUUUAAUCAAUAAAGGAACUUUAUUAAUGUCAUUACUGCGCACUAAUCCUUUAGAACCUAAUCACAAAUGUUGCAAACACAAAAUAAAUAUAUCCAUAAUUAUAUUUUCUGUUUUAAAUGUAUAUCAUCGUAAAAAUCAAAAGUUUGGUUAGGUUUCGGUUGGUGUCAUAGGACCUUAUAGAUAUAAGCGUGUUUAUGUUUUUACUUUUUCAAACAUUUAGACAGCUCGUGAGUAAAGUAAAGAAGCUUGAAAGAUGGAACUCGAUGAUGUUAAUAUACUUGCACAAGAAAUCAGAGAAGAAAAUAGACUUUCUGAAACCGAUGCAAAGGCUCUACGAUAUUUACAAAUACAGUUACAAAACCCUCUAUUGCCGCAGCAUGAAAUCGAAUCAAGAGCUGGUUCCCGCCCUCCAACGCAUUAUGAAAUAGAAAGGUUUGAAGAAAUCAGUCCAAUUAAAAAGGGAUGUUACGAUCCAUCAGAAGAUAAAAUAAUCACUAGUAACUGGCGAUCAUUUUGUAAGUUGCAUAAAUGGAAGUACGAAAAAGUUCAACCAUUUUUACUUUUAAGAGAAGAAAAUAGAACGUACAUUCGUAGCAAGAGAGAAAGACGAAAGUUCGUUCAAUUUCUAGCAGAUGGCUUACCAAAUCGUACAUUGUACAGUGUAUAUCAUCGAUUUAGAGUUUUAUACGCAAACCACGUGCAAAGAAGGUUCCUUCCGGACGAAGACAGAAUGAUUCUAGAUCACCUGGAACACAAUACAAAACUUGAUGAGAAACGGAAAUAUUCAGAUUUGGCAAAAGUUCUAAGACGAACACGAGCUUCUAUUUGGCGUCGUUACAAGAUACUCAAGAAAAAACGGCAGCGCAGCAAGGAAUAAAAAGUGACAAUAAGAGACUCGUACAUUAACGUGUAUUAGCUUUUCUGUUACUUUCGUUAAUGUGAGUGUCUUUAAAUCCUUGAAAUCCUCGUAUCAAUCUUUUACAAAAAAAUACCCCUGGGAAAAAUUUUAAUGGGAGAUUCUAGAGGCCAAAAUAAGAUGAAAAUGAAGAAUACCAAUUUGUUGAUGGAGGCUUCGUGAAAAAGUUAUUAACGUUUAAAAUUUAAGUGUGCAGCGCGCACGGUUCCCGUUUCACAGGCGCAACUAUAAACGUUCAUAACUUUUUAACGAAGCCUCAAUUAACAAAUUAGUAUUCUUAAUUCUCGUCUUAUUUUGGCCUCUAGAAUACCCCAUUAAAAUUUUUCCCACGGGUGGCUGAACACCCUGUAUACAGUGCGUCACGUUUAACUGCGAAAGGUGGAAUAUCUCACGAGGUAUCGAAGGUAUUAAAAACGUGUUCUUACAGAAGUUGUUUUAUUUAAAGGGGCACAUUUUGUGGUAUAAAUAAUUUUUGUAUACGUGGAGUGGUGCGGGAGAUUUCAAGGUUAAGCUAAUUUUUUUAAAUGGAACCAUAUAUUACUUUGUUCAUAAUAUGAUAGCAUUUGUUGAGACAAAUUCAACGAGCUAAUAUAUGAUAUCAUUAUAAGUCAGAUGAAUUACUAGUCGAACCCUACGUACUGCGGCGAACUUUACCUCCACUUAGGCUUCUAAGUUUAUACUUUCGACUUUGAAUAGUCACUUUAACUCUUUGGAGCACGCUGGGAUUGCAAGUGGCCCACCUUUUUGAUGAAUCGCAAUGCAUGGCGGGACAUAUUUAGUCCCACUUCGAAGUAUCGCAAUAGCUGCAAGCGUGCGCAUAGGUUUAUAUUUCGUUCUAUUUACGUAAAGCAGUUGGUAAUAUGUUCAACAAAUGUUGUGUUGGCAAUAUUCGAUAUACCAAUACAGGUUCAUAGUUUAAUUAAACUAUUACUAUUUUUUUAUGUUUAUACAUUGUGUGAUACCUUUAUUAUUAAAAGUAUACCAAUUUUGUUUAAUUUAAAUCGAAAUAAAAUUUCUAUGCAACAUGGCUCUAUUUUAUUAUCUGAAAUCCUGCGCCGCAAAGAGUUAAGAAGCCGAA